AUGGUGUCUCGUUGCUGCAUUUUGGCGUUGGUAUGCUGUAUCCUGAGAAUUCCCUUUAUCCUGGAACAGCCUGCAUCAUCGCUGAUGCAGUUUCAUCCAGACUUUCAAUACCUAUGCCGGAAGUUUGAAAUUUACCGAGUAUUUGUGUGGCUUGGAUCAUACGGUGGAAGCAGUCCAAAGGGAACAUUUCUUUAUUCAAAUUAUCAAUGGAUCACAUCGCUCUACUUGCCUUUGCCGUCGGAUGCUGACUGGCCAGCUGACAUGAGCAAGCGGUAUGUCGACUCCAAAGGUGUCAGCCGAGUUUGCGGUGGCGCAGAUCUGAAAGGAUCCCAGCAUUAUCCAGCGUUGCUGGGUCAAGCUGUUGCUCAGUUAUACUUGAACAACCACAAGUCUAUGAAGAAGAUCAUCAAACAAAGGGAGUACCUCAGUGGAAAUAUGGGAAACAUUGCCCUUGUGAUUUGUUUACUACCAGCCCAUUUUGCUCACCACCAGCCCAAUACCGUAUCUCAGGGAAGAGCUUUCCAGCUUGCCCAAGCCAAUGAAAGCAUUGCGGGAACCUUGGAUUUCAAGGCCCAUGGACAAUGUAUGCACACCCGCACAUGCACACAUAUGUAUGUAGAACAUACAUAUGUAAAUGUAUAUGUAUAUCUUUAA